CCCUGGAUUGUGCACCCAACACCUCGUACCACCAUUAGGUGUUGAGUCCGUCAACAGGGGAUCGCUCUUCCUAGAAUUCCCAUUGCGCAGAAGGCCAUCCCAUUUAUUUGAGUGAUUUCGGACAUGCGUAGCAUGAAUGCCGUCGUUGUUCCGGGUGUGACUUUGAUAACAAUGGCGGACUGCAAUGAAUCCAAUGGCCACGGUGAUUAGACCGUCGGAAUGAAUACAGCAACCGAAGGGCUCUAACAGGUCGGAGCUCUGAAUGUUCUUAGCGUCUGAAAGUUCGAAGCGUCUAGAUGUUCGAAACGCCUGAAAUUCGUCCUAUUCGCAAAUUGCCAGGCAUUCGUUAGGUCAAUCAUCAGCUGCAGCAGCAGCGUCUUUCUUCGUUCGUCAUCAAGCUCGCCCGUGCACUGAGAGGCGGCCGCCAUGGAUUUCGUGGCCAGAGCGACAAAAUCAGUGUUGAGAGCAGCAGCAUCGCGUAUGGGCGACGACCAGUCCGCCUCGCAGUCGCCAGCUCCCUCUGCGCGAGGGGGCACCGCAGCAGCACACGCCAGAGCAUCCUCGCCGUACUCCCCCUCGCCCGCUCUCGUCGCGCCCGCCUUCUCCCAGGAGCACCUGCCGUGGAUAAUGAAGUCAGCGCAUGAGAAGCCAUACGAGGAGGAGCUCAAGAGGCGGAUACUCGCCCUCUCACAGAGGCCAGAGGAGUUCCUAUAUGGCGAGCUGGACCCGUCGCUGCUCAUUGACAUGCGCCAAGCCACGCUCAUGGCAGCGUCCGUGCUGCAGGUGGACGAGGAGCUGCGGCAGCUGCGGCUGCGGUUUGUGCCGCGUGUGAUGAAGGAGCAGGAGUUCUGGCGCCGCUACUUCGUUGCCGUCAAGGCCCUCAAGCACCACGUGCUCACCCAGCCGCAGCCGCAGCCUCAGCUGCAGCCGCAGCAGGAGCAGCAGGAGGAGGGGGAGAGGGAGCUGCAGGGUCGCCAGCAGCAGCAUAAGCAUCAGCAGAGGGGGGUCAAUGGGAGUGCCCCGUCGUCCAAGUCACUUAUUUCAUCCUUCGGUUCAAUGGCCAAUGCCGGUGCGGCUGCUGCCACUGCUACUGCCACUGCUACCUCUACUGGUUCAGACAUGAGCCAAGGACCAUCAACCUUGCGCUCACUUGGCAGCAGUGGAAGCAGAAGCAGUCAUGCUGGUCGUGGUGGCAGUGGUGGUGGUGAUGGCAGUGGUGGUGGUGGUGGCAGUGGUGGUGGUGAUGGCAGUGAUGGUGGGGAACGGCUCGUUCCCCCAGGUGCCUCAUUGAGCUCGUCUGGCGGCAUAAGCGCUGCACCCCAUUCAGCUCCGAACGCCCGUGACGAUGCCGCUGCUGGCGCUGCAGCAGGAGCAGGAGAAGGUGGAGGAGGCGGAGGAGGCGGAGGAGAAGGAGGGGGUGGGGCGGCUGGGCUGUCACGGAGCGGAAGCGGGCGGCGUUCAAUGUCGUUUAGCGGGACUCAACCGUGGACGUCCCCUCCUUUAGGCCGGCCGUUGUCGCCUGGCAAGCAGAGGCCGCCCCUGGGCAAGGGGAGGAGCGACGACAAGGAGCGGGCAAUGCGACGCUCGCUAGCGCGGGAGGAGUCGGUGGACGAGGACGUGGACGAUUUUCUCCAGCCCAUAUCCGUGCCCUCCUCCGUCACCAUACGCCGCCUUGCCCAGGCGCUCAACAUGGCGCGUGCGUUUGCAACAGUGGAGGACAUGGCAUGUGAGGGCAGCAUCGACGACUCGCCCGACGCACCAAGCAGGGCUAGAGGGGCCAUGGGAGGCGCAGCAGCAGGCAUGGGAGGCGCUGGCAGUGGCAGUGGCAUGGGCGGGACAGCAGGAAGAGGAGAGGACGGAUUCAGUGGUGGGGGGGUUGGCAGUGACCGGUGGUCGUCUCUUGUGAUGCAGACAAUGGAAGCAGGCUUUGCUGCGGCGCUCAGCCUCGCUCCUAAAGGCAUGCCUGGGCCAGGAGGACAUUCCGGGGCCCAUGGUGGCAUGGCUGGGAGUGAAGGGCACAGCCGCACGCGCACGCUGGCGUUUGGCCCCGGGGAGUACAGUGCGCUGCUCUGGUCGCUCUUUGACCUCGAGGACGAGUCAUGGGAGAGUCCAGAGGGGUUGGAGCCUCUGCACCUGGGCCACAGCUCUAGCACCAGCGGCAGCGGCAGCCUCGCAAGCCCAGCUCAGAACCACAAGCAGGCGGGCGCAGCGGGGCGAUCUGAGCCGUCCAUUGUGCACGAGAUCCAUGGUGCCCCGCCCAGCGGGUUUGUGGCGCAGCUGGCGGAGACGAUGGCGGGGAUCUCGUCGGACUGCAAGAUGGCGGGCUUCUGGAUGCAGAUCGUGCUCGAGCUGCGGCGGCGGUGGGUGGCGCGGCGCUUCAUCCCGCGGGUGCCGCAGGACAGCGACCCGGACCUGCACACGUGCCUGCUGCACCAGCACCUGCACCUGCUCAACUGCUGCACCGCCCGCCGCCUGCGCCGCUCCCACCAGCUCGCGCACGGCAGCCCGUCCACCGCCGGGACUGGGGGGGGAGGCAUGAGGAGGAGAGGAGUCUUGCGCCGGGUGCCGGGACUGGACCUGCUGGAUACGGGGGAGCCUCUCUGUGCGCCCAUCACCCAGGAGGGGCCAGUGCUGACAGAGGUCACUCUUAGAGAGCAAGAGGAGCUCAUCAUGAGGACUGGCAGUGUGGGCACGGGCUGCCAGCAGCUCUUCUCCGACAUGCAGGCCUUCAAGGCAGCGAAUCCUGGGUGCAUACUGGAGGACUUCGUGCGAUGGUACUCGCCUCCCGACUGGAGCAUGCUGCCGCCCAUGCCGCCCGACGAGCCGGGCGGCAGUGAUGGGAAGACAAGAGGGGGGGAGGAACGGGGUCAAGAGGGAGAGGGGAGAGGGGAGAAGCGUGAUGGGGUGGAGGGACGUGCAGCAGGGAGUGGGGUGGAGGAGGGGAGGCGGAAGCAUGGGUAUCUGAGCACCAGGAUGACGACGCAAGGCAAUCUGUGGCAGGAGCUGUGGAACGCUGCACGCCCCAUCCCGGCCAUUCUGCAGCCGCCAUUGUUCGAUGAGGAGCUCGCAGGGGAGAGCACGCUGGAUGCCCUGGAGAGCAUUGCCCCCUCGGACCUCUUCGAGCAGCUCUUCAUUGCUGCGCUGUCAGCGGGGUUUGGCCUGGCACAAACGGCCCUAGCGGGCUCUAAACGGGAGGCGGUGUGUUUCAACGUGCACGAGUGUGCGUCCUACGUGGCUGCCACCUGCACGCGAGGCAUGAGCCCUGCUAAGAUUGAGCGCCUCUGCCAGGUGUAUGAGCACAUGGAGUCAGCUGUCCUUGCGUACAACGACCCCUCCUCCGCCUCUCCUUCCCCUGCUUCCACUGCCUCAUCUGACGUCACGACGCCAGAAGGUCAUCCUUAUAUGGGGGGAAUGGCUGGCAGUUCAGGCACGAGCAGUGGGGACCCUGAUGGCGACAGCUUUACCACGCCUCCUCGCCCUCUCUCCCUGCUCUUCUCCCAGUCUCCUGCAAAGGCUGGGUCGGGAGGGGGAGGCAUGUUGAGUGGAUGGUUCCGCACGAGAAGUGGUCGCUUUGAAAUGGGGCGAGAUGACGAUGGCGUUGAUGGUAUGUGAAUGGGCCGGGAGAUUGAUGGAUGCAAGGUCUGGUGCUUGAUACUAAUUUAGGUUUCCCUUCCCGCCUUUCCAUAUAUAUAAAUGUUGCAAUUCAACCUCUCCACGGGUAUCACGAACAGAGCUGCACCGCAUUGAAUUGUGAUCUAGAAUUUGUGCACCGCGUGCAACCGCAUGAGUCUGACGCGAAGUGGUCUGUGUGAUGAGAGGUUGUAGGAACCCAUCCUCACUUGAUCAAGCACAUUCUGUCAGGUGCAUGAUUUGUUCGCUAAUCAAUGGCGAGUUUUUUU